GGGCUCUUUUUGGUUGGAAGAGGUCAUGCAAGGAAGUUGUAGAGAAAGAUCAGCAGGUAUCUCGGCUUAAACGACUGGUUUUACAACAGCUAAUAGGGCAGAUGUUUGUCUGGGAAAUACAAAACUGAGAAUGGAGUGGAAAGAGAAACACUACAGCUUCCAGGCUACAGUAUGGAGAAAGAAUGAUCAUGUCUCAACAGUGAAGAGCCGCUGUCUUUUCUUUUUUUUUUUUUUUACAAAUAAUGCACACCUUGUAUAUUAAGGUGACCAGGAGCACUGAGGGCAGAGGUGACAAUGACCGCCAACAAGAAUGCCAAAGUGUCUCCCCGGGCAGGAGAGAAUAAAUCACAGCGGGACAUCCCAGACAGGUGCCAGUCAGCGUCUCCACCCCCUAUUUCUUCCCCAGUGAAAGGUCCCACACACCCUCUGAGUGAUAGUGACGAGCCCUGCCGGAAGGGAAGGUAUGCCAAGGCGUCAGACUCUAAGCUUCUAAGUCUCAAGAACUGGAGCAAUAGAGCCUCGACCCUAAGGAGUGGCUCCACACUGCCCUCUGACAUCGACUCUCAAAACAGACUCCUGAAAUCUGUCAGCAUUGGCUGCCUGGACACAAAGCUAUCACUUUAUAAACCUCUGGGAGGAGGCAAGGACCAGAAGGAGAACCAUCAGGAGGACUUGGCCAAGGAUGGAGUAAGCAGCAACCAGCUUGGCUGGAGCACGCUGUCCUUGGGACCUGCCUCAAACCACAGGAGUCUCUCCCUGAGCAGGAGUAGUGUUUGUUCUCAGUCCCUGGGCAUCCGGAAGAAAAUUUCUGAAUGGGAGUGCAGGAAGGCAACUCCUGCUAGGAUGAGCCUCUGUCUGGACAAGAGACCGCUUGGAGAUAGAGUUGGCAACGAGGGUUGUCCGAUCAUGCUGCCCUCCCCUUGCAGCGAGAAGACCUUUGACUUCAAGGGAAUCAAGAGAAUGAGCAGAACGUUCUCUGAGUGCUCUUACCCUGAGACUGAAGAAGAGGAGGCCUUGGAUAAAGAGCCUCUCCCCAGAUUCGAAAAGAGACUGAGUAAGAUCGAGCCGGCUAAUGCUUUCCUCCGCUCAACCUCAAGGAAGGAGACUUCAGCUGUGCUGAACAGGAUACAGAAAAUCGAGCAGGCACUGAAGGACAGCCCCAGUCGGGGUCCUCCUCAGUUCCUCAGCAAUUGCUAUGGAGCAGACAAGGUACGAAAGAAGUCCUUCACUAUAGGCUCCCCAGAUGAUGCCGGAAGCGUGUGCAACAGCAAAAGGGGCAGCUUCAGCUCUGUGGUAACGGAACCAGAUUCUACCCCUGGGACUGACAAGGUUUCUAAAAUGAAGCAAAGGUUCAGUGUGAGUUCUGAAAGCUCCUAUUGUCCUGAACUGCUUCCCGAAAAUCCUGACAACACUUCAGUAAACCCUGUACCCAAACCCAAACGCACCUUUGAGUACGAAGCUGACAGGAACCACAAAAGCACGGCUAGCAAUGGACUACCUCCCACCCCAAUCUCUGCAUCCCCUCCCCCACUUCCAUCAACACCGGCACCACCUGUCACCAGGAGACAGAAGAAAGAGAGCAUCUUCCACAGGAAGGUACAAAACAGAAAAUCCUUGGAGUUUGAAGAUGCUGCAAGCCUCCAGUCCUCACACACACCCUCCCCGACUGAGAACGGUACUGCCUCCCCCGAGACCCUCAGUCGAUUCAGUUCCAAGAGCACUUUACAAGAGAAUGCUUAUGAAGACAUUGUAGAAUCCCCCAAAGAGAAUCCUUACGAGGAUGUGGACCUGAAAGGCCGCUCCCAGGGCCGAAAAUCCAAGCUGACAUCUGAGAACUCACUACACAGGAUGUGGACUCCUCAGGACAGGAAGUACAGUACACCUCCCCAGCUCCCGUCAAAGCCCAGCAGUCAGUCGCUACGCCUUCCCGGGCCCUCAGAAAGGAAGAGCCACCGUCUCCCGCGGCUUUCCAAGAGGCACAGCCACGAUGACAUGCUGCUCCUGCCCCAGCUCGGUGUGCCCCCACUCUCCUGCAGCCUGAACGAGGACAGCCUGAGCACCACCAGCGAGCUCUCCACACGCAGGCCCAGGAGGGUCCCCAAGCUUGUCCAAAGGAUUAAUUCUAUCUACAGUGCGAAAAGAGGGAAGAAAAGGCUGAAGAAGCUUUCAAUGGCCAAUAUCGAAACAUCAUCAUUGCGAGAUGAGAACAGUGAGAGUGAGAGCGACUCUGAUGACAGGUUCAAAGCUCACACUCAGCGCUUGCUCCACCUCCAGUCCAUGCUCAGACGGGCGCCCAGUUACCGGACCCUGGAGCUGGAGCUGAUUCAAUGGCAGGAGCGGGAGCUGUUUGAGUACUUUGUCGUGGUGUCCUUGAAGAAGAAACCCUCCAAGACCUCCUACAUCCCUGACGUAACAUACCAGUUCCCAAAGUUAGAGAGGCCGACCAAACAGAUGAGGGAGGCUGAGGGGCGCCUGAAAGCUAUCCCACAAUUCUGUUUUCCUGAUGUCAAGGACUGGACCCCAGUGUUGGAGUACAGCAGCGAAACCUUUUCAUUUAUGCUAACUGGAGAGGAUGGAAGCAGAAGAUUUGGAUACUGCAGAAGACUGCUGCCAAGUGGAAAAGGCCCUCGCUUACCCGAAGUGUACUGUGUCAUCAGCCGACUUGGGUGUUUCGAUUUGUUUUCCAAGAUCCUGGAUGAGGUGGAGAGGCGGAGAGAAGUUUCUGCUGCCCUGGUCUAUCCGUUCAUGAGGAGUUUGAUGGAGUCCCCAUUCCCUGCACCGGGGAAAACCAUUAAAGUCAAGACCUUCUUACCUGGAGCUGGAAACGAGGUGAUCGAGCUGCGUCGCCCCAUGGACUCCAGGCUGGAGCAUGUGGACUUUGACAGUCUCUUUCGCUGCCUGAGUGUCCGCCAGGUUAUUAGAGUCUUCGCUUCUCUACUGCUGGAGCGGAGAGUCAUAUUCGUUGCAGAUAAGCUCAGCAUCCUGUCUUCCUGUGUCCAUGCAGUGGUUGCCCUGCUGUACCCGUUCUCCUGGCAGCACACCUUCAUCCCUGUCCUGCCCUCCUCCAUAGUCGACAUUGUCUGCUGCCCAACCCCCUUCCUGGUAGGCCUGCUCUCCAGCUCCCUCCCCAAACUGAAGGAGCUCCCUGUGGAAGAGGCUUUGAUGGUUGACUUGGAAACAGACCGCUUUAUCAGACAGAUGGAUGAUGAGGACACAUUGUUGCCACGGAAACUGCAAGCUGCUCUGGAGCAGGCUCUGGAACAGAAGAAUGACCUCAUGAAUCAGGAUUCAGAUAGCGAAUCAGAUGAAGAGUGUAACAGUCUGAGCAGUCUGGUGUCUGAGGCCUUCAUCCGCUUCUUUCUGGAGACGAUCGGACACUAUUCCCUGUUCCUGACCCAGAACGAGAAGGGGGAGCGGGUUUUCCAGAGGGCGGCCUUCCGCAAGUCAGUGGCUUCCAAAAGCAUCCGCCGCUUCCUGGGUGUUUUCAUGGAGUCCCAGAUGUUUGCAGGAUUCAUCCAGGACAGAGAGAUGAGGAAGUGCAGGGCCAAAGGUCUGUUUGAACUGAGAGUUGAGCAGUAUUUGGAGGAGCUGCCAGACACGGAACAGAGUGGAGUCAACAAAUUUCUGAAAGGAUUAGGCAGUAAAAUGAAAUUUCUUCACAAGAAGAAUUGAAGAGACCAUUUUCUACUGUAAUGCUUACCAAACAUGUUUUUAUCUGUGGAGCUUUAGGUACAAGACUGCAAUUUGUGCACAUUAGAACACCUUUGAUACACCAGAGACUGGCCACAUCCACUUCAGAGUGAUUGCUAUUUUUAGCUUGGAACAAUUCAUUUCUUUUCAAGAGGCUAACUGUUGGGAACAUUUUGUACAUAGUGUAAUGUAAGCUGGUUGUUUAAUGAGCAUUUUAAUUAGGCCUGUGGUAAAUACUUGUAUAUGACUGAAUAAAACAGGUGCUCAUUACAAUAUAAUGAGUAUGCAUGGUACCAAAGACUAUCCAAUAAUGUGCAUUUGACUGUUUCAGAAUAACCACUGAUUUUAUAGAAUGCUUAUGGAGAAUCUGAACAGAUGUAUUGUGGAAACGAAUGAAACCAAUGAGGGCAAGGCUGUUUGUUAGUAUGGAAGAAGUCAAAUAAUGUUGCUUUAAUUGUUAGUUUUAUAUUUGCCUCUAGCUUUUUAUUCUUGCAGAACAGUAAGAUAAUGUGGUUCUUUGUAUGACAGACAUCCCAUGUAUUUAAUAGCAAUGGUCAGGAAACUGUUUUGUUUAUGUAAUGCACUACAUUAGAUAUAAAGAAAAUAAAUACUA